AUGUCCUUCGCAGUUGAUAUUGCUAAGGAAUUGGGCGUUCGCGUAAUUACGUUUUGGGCCUUCAGUCCUUGCUGCUUGUGGCCUUUUCUCUGCCUCCCGAAGCUCAUUGAGGAAGGUCAGCUCCCUGUAGGAGGUGAGGAUGACGAUAUGGAUCGGAUGAUCAAAGGCGUGCCAGGUAUAGAAGGCCUUUUGCGACGUCGAGAUUUACCCAGUAUUUGUAGACGACAAUUGGAUAGCCCCAUCUUUCAAUUCUACGUCGAGCAGAUCAAGGCCAUGACUCAAACUUCAGCUCUCAUACUCAACACCUUUGACCGCCUCGAAGAUCCCACUCUCUCUUACAUCGCCCCUCUCUUUUCUAAAAUUUACACAAUUGGACCUCUCACUGCUCUUCUGACAUCCCAUAUUGAACAUGACAUUUUACCGUCUUUAUCGUCCUUUAAUAAUUUAUGCGAAGCGGACCGCAGUUGCAUGACCUGGCUCGAUUCACAAUCGUUAAGAUCCGUUGUUUACGUUAGCUUCGGCACCACGGGGUUGAUGAAACGUAGUCAGUUGUUGGAGUUUUGGCACGGCCUGGUCAACAGUGGCAAGCCGUUUUUAUGGGUUGUACGGCGUGAUGACAUUGAGGGUGCGGAAGCAGAGCACCCAAUACCAGAGGAGCUACAAGUGGGCACCAAAGAAAGGGGCUUUUUAGUGGAUUGGGCUCCACAAGAAGAAGUCUUGGCCCAUCAGGCGGUGGGUGGGUUUUUGACCCAUAAUGGCUGGAACUCAACCCUAGAGGGCAUUGUUGCUGGGGUCCCUAUGGUUUGUUGGCCCACACUCGCCGACCAGCAAAUUAAUAGCAGGUGGGUUAGUGAGGUAUGGAGAAUUGGCCUUGACAUGAAGGACACGUGUGAUAGAUCGACGAUUGAGAUGAUGAUAAGAGCAGUGAUGGAGGAGAGAAGGGAGGAAAUGAUGAGGUCAAUGGAUCGGAUUGUGAAAUUGGCUCAUGAUUGUGUUAACCAUGGUGGAUCUUCCUACCACAAUUUGGACAAGCUUAUUGAAGACAUAAAAGAAAUAUGAUUUACGACCUUAUUUUCCAUAAGUCUUAAUGCAUU